AUGGGACGAGACGAGCGACCAAGUGGAGAGGACGAUAUGGAUGUGUAUGAAGAAGAGGCCAUCCUAAAGGAAGGAGGCUGGAAGGGGAUGGUUCAAUGA